AUGGGUAUCUGCACUUCUAACGAGUACUUAAAAAUUCAGCCAUCCCAUGGCCAUUUGAUAUCUAAGUCAGAAGUCUCAAACGCCGCUCGCCUUGAAAGUAUUUUCCAUUUAGUCAUAACAAAACAUUACGAUUUUAUCAAAGUUCUAGGCUACGGACAAUUUGGAACAGUCAGAGAAGCCAUCAAAAUUUCUCCCCACUCUAAAAGUGCAACAGCAAAAAGUGCCCCAUCGAAUCAAAUUCACUACGCAGUAAAAUCAAUAAGCAAAGAGCGCCUUCAAGACAGCCUGGAUCUAUUAAAAAAUGAACUCAUGAUACUUCAAUUAGUCGAUCAUCCGAAUAUAAUUAAACUUUAUGAAACCUACGAAGAUGCCAAAUACAUUCAUCUGGUUACUGAAUUGUGCGAAGGGGGAGACCUCUAUGAAUACCUUAUCGACAGAGAAAAUUUGUCAGAAAAUGAAGUCACUCGAAUCAUGCAAAAAGUCCUGUCGGCUGUUAAUCACCUUCAUGCACUACAUAUUUGCCACAGAGAUAUAAAACCGGAAAAUUUUAUGCUUACUAGUAAAAAAGAAGGCGCGGAACUAAAAUUGAUUGAUUUUGGACUAUCUGUGAGGUUUGGAGAGGAUGGAAUGGACACAAAGGUGGGAACCCCUUACUUUUUGGCACCAGAGAUAUUAAGAGGAGGCUAUGGAAAGGAGUGCGAUAUUUGGUCAACAGGAGUCAUGAUGUAUUUCUUAUUGGCAAAUAAAUACCCGUUUGGUGGGGCAGGUAUUAAUGAUCUUCUUCGGAAUAUUCAAAAAGCGAAUUACUCCUUUUCAGAUUUAUGCUGAAAGCAGAUUUCUCCUCAAGCCAAAGAUCUUAUUGCUAGAAUGCUAGUAGUCCCCCCUCCUGAUCGGAUUACCAUUAAUCAAGCUUUAAGGCAUGAGUGGUUUACAAUGGUCAAGGACAAUUGCCAAAUAAAAAUAGAUGGAAAUAUUUUUGAUUCUUUAAAAAAGCACAAGGCCAGAGGUAAGCUGUGGCAAGAAGCAAUGAAAGUUUUAGUCAGAAAUCUUUCACAAGAACAGCUAGAAGGCCUGCAGAAUAUUUUCAAAGAAAUUGACAGAAAGCAAACAGGAUUCAUCACAGCGGACGACAUCAGAACAUGCAUGGAUAAAAACGGGUUUUAUAUGGCAAGAGAAGAAUUCAAUAUGCUUAUAUCAAAUAUAGAGUAUCUUGGUAACGGAAAACUAAAUUAUACUCAGUUUUUAAUUGCUGCACUUGAUAAAAAAAAGAUUUUUGAUGAUGAAACGCUCUGAAUGACUUUCAAUCAUUUUGAUAUAGUAAAAAUUAUCUAGGAUGGUAAUGGCAGCAUAAGUGUUCACGAAUUGAGGUUUGUGUUGGAAAAAGCAGGGUGCUAUAUAUCUGAUACUGAUAUGGACGAAAUUCUUGGAGAGUUUCAGCUAGAGUCUGGUGGCACGAUGAAUUUUGAAGAGUUUAAAAGCAUCAUGUGGUGUAAGAAUUAUGCAGGCUUUUCGAAUGACUCAAGCGAGAUCUCUACAGAAAACGAUGAUUUAUUGUAUGCUUCUAGGAGAGGGAUGAGAAUGCUGUCUCAGAGAAAAAUGACAAUCCGGAGGACGACUAUGAUGGGCUCCAUGAAAAAGUUAAAAACAAGUUCUCAGUGUGACCUAAACAAUUUUUAA